CACCUGAAAGAGAAGUUAUUCUCCUCUCCUCAAAACAUCGACUGUCACGCACCGGAGACGCCUCCCCGUCGCUGACUACCGCCGGUACCAAUUCUCCGAUCAGGAAACCAAUCCCCUCGAGACAGUUGCACCGCAUCUGGUCAAUUGUCGUUUUCACAACGAUCUUCAAACGAUCAAAGUCGACUCUGCUUGUGAUUGUUCGGGGAUAUUAUCAAUUGAAUUGCUUGAAGAGUCCAUUGCGAGAAGUAUCGUUACUGCUCGAGAUUUGUUUCUUACGAAAUGGGUGAAAGCUCGUGGUUUGUAGGAAUUGAACACUGAGAAUUGGAAGGGCGUAAUGUUCAGCUCUAUGGAUUGCCGAAGUGGAUAAUUGUGAUAUUCUUGUUUGUGAUAUUAUGGAUACUUGAAAAAUUUUCCGAUGCUUGGAUUUUCUUAUGACUCUUUGCCAAAGAAUUCCUGUUUAUGGACUUUGUUCUGUUUAAUCACAUAUGUUAUAGCGAUCCUUCUUCAUGAACCGGCAGCUGAUCUCUCCAUUACAGAAUGGACAACAUGGUAGACUCCCUGAACAGUGCAUACCAGGAGUUUGUGUUGGCAGCAGCUAAUGUGCUCGAGGCCAAGGAAGUGUCAAGCACGCAGAAAAUAUCAGCCACAGACGCUGCCCUUGAGAACUUCAAGCAGAAGUGGGAACUCUUUAGAGUGGCCUGUGAUCAAGCAGAGGAGUUUGUAGAGUCCGUUAAGCAGAGGAUCGGUUCAGAGUGUCUCGUGGACGAGGCCACUGGGACCGUGGUGGGAAAGCCUGGGCAGGGGGCUACGACCGGUCUGCCACCCAUCAGUGCUGUGAGGUUGGAGCAGAUGAGUAAAGCCGUUCGGUGCCUUGUCAUCGAGCUCCAGAGCGGGGCUGGCGUCCCUGGCGGUGGGUCGCAGUCUCAUUCUUCUUCUGCUCCUUUUGAUACUCGAUUCUCUGAAGAUUCAGCUCAGUAGAUUCCUAUGUGGACCUCAACGAGGCAAGUUGCUUUUAGGAAUUUCACUUGGGGAGGUGCUUCUCAGCCUUCUCUUUUGAUAGUCAUCGGACUAACUUGCUAAGGAAAUUCCAGUCUACACUGGUUUUGGAAAUCAAACAUGAUAAGUAAUUGGCGCGGGCACUGUCAUAUUAGCAUAGGACCUAGGAUAAUCAACCUGCUUGGAUUGAUUCCAGUGUGAAGAAAUGUUGUGUACGCUCUAUGUCAAGAAGAACUGUCGCGAUUUAGUCCGGUGUUGAAUGCCAAUGUCUAGUGAUAUUAUGCAUAAUAUGUCAUUAAACUCUCUCAGCACCGUUUAUCUUCUACUUUUUGGAAUUCUUAGAUUAUUUGGCAUGUGUACACGAAACUUUGUACAUUAUGAGACUAUAAUUCGAGAGACAGUUUUCUGGAA